CGCCGCCCCGCGGCAGCGGCAGCCCCCGCAGGCAGGUGGGAGCGCGGCGGGCGGCAGCGCCCCCGCCCCGGCUCCCCCCCGGCCCCGGCCCCGGCUCCGGCCCCGGCCCCGGCCCCGGCCCCGUCACCAUGGGCGCCCCCCGCCGCGGGCAGCAGCCGCCGCUGCCGGCCCCGCGCCGCCCCAUGAAGCAGCGCCGUUAGCCGGGCAGCGCCCGUGCCCCCCCCCCCCCCCCCCCCGCUCGCUGCGGCCACCCCCCCUCCCCUUAUCCCGGCCACUAUGGGGGCGGCCGCCCCCCGCCCCGCCGCGGCGUGCUCAGUGCUCGCCGGUUUGCUCUCGUUGCUCGUGUUCCUCGGCAGCGCCGGCGCUCAGCCCCAGCUGCCCUCCGAACAGAAUGCCAUCAGCCUCUCCGCCGGCAAGUACCGCCACCUCGACCGUGCCACCAACCAGGAGCUGAUCUGUGACAAGUGUCCCGCGGGAACCUACGUGUCCAAGCACUGCACAAAGAGCACCUUAAGGGAGUGCAGCCCGUGUCCGGACGGGACUUUUACGAAGCACGAGAACGGCAUAGAGCGAUGCCACCCUUGCAGAAAACCCUGCGAACUGCCAAUGAUUGAGAAAACCCAUUGUACUGCCUUGACCGACCGCGAGUGCACUUGCCUGUCGGGUACGUUUCAGACGAACGAUACCUGCGUCCCUUACACGGUGUGCCCGGUCGGCUGGGGCGUCCGCAAGAAAGGAACCGAGACGGAAGACGUGAGGUGCAAGCCGUGCCCUCGUGGUACUUUUUCUGAUGUGCCUUCUAGCGUGAUGAAGUGCAAAACCUACACGGACUGCUUCGGGAAGAACAUGGUGGUGGUCAAGCCAGGGACGAAGGAAAGUGACAACGUCUGCGGUUCUCCGGCGUCUCUGCCGAGCACGUCUUUGGCUUCGUCGGACGCAGAAGCAGGUGGAGAGACCUACGAGGCUCCACCGACCGCUCAUCUUCCCAAAGGUCUGAACUCUUCAGUUCCCGACCUGGCUCCCUCUCCUUCCCCACCCGCGGCUGACGGCGCGACGGGGCUGACGAGUGACUACAACCAGACCUCGGCCAACGAGACCGGGGGUGCCCGAGGGAGCCUGGUGGGCACCGGCACCGCUGGCCAGGCGCAGAGCUACCGGCACAAGCACACCAGCCAAGCUCUGGAGAAGCAGCCGGCCUUGGAGAUGGCAGGGGGCGAGAAGUCCAGCAUGCCCUACAGGCCGCCCCGGAGAGGGCCGCAGAACGUCCACCAGCACUUCGAUAUCAACGAACACUUGCCCUGGAUGAUCGUCCUCUUCCUGCUGCUGGUCCUGGUGGUUAUCGUGGUCUGCAGCGUCAGGAAGAGCUCACGGACUCUGAAGAAGGGGCCGAGGCAAGAUCCCAGUGCCAUUGUGGAGAAAGCUAUUAUGAAGAAGUCCACGACCCCCACACAGAACAGGGAGAAGUGGAUCUAUUACUGCAAUGGGCACGGCAUUGACAUCCUGAAGCUGGUGGCAGCCCAGGUGGGGAGCCAGUGGAAGGACAUCUACCAGUUCCUGUGCAACGCCAGCGAGCGCGAGGUGGCCGCCUUCUCCAACGGCUACGCGGCCGACCAUGAGCGCGCCUACGCUGCCUUGCAGCACUGGACCAUUCGCGGGCCCGAGGCCAGCCUGGCCCAGCUCAUCAGCGCCCUCCGCCAGCACCGCCGCAACGACGUGGUGGAGAAGAUCAGAGGCCUGAUGGAGGACACCACACCGCUGGAAGGUGACAAGCUGGCGCUGCCGGUGAACCCCAGCCCACUCAGCCCUGCACCCAGCCCCAGCCCGAAACCCCCAGACGCCACCGUCCUCACCGUGGAGCCCUCUCCUUCGGAGAAGAAAUGCUUCUUUGUGGACGAGUCGGAGCCCCUCCUGCGGUGUGACUCCACCUCCAGCGGCUCCUCUGCGCUCAGCCGGACGGGCUCUUUUAUUACCAAAGAAAAGAAGGACACAGUCUUGCGCCAGGUGCGCUUGGACCCUUGCGACCUGCAGCCCAUCUUCGAUGACAUGCUGCACAUCCUCAACCCCGAGGAGCUCCACGUGAUAGAGGAGAUCCCGCAGGCGGAGGACAAGCUGGACAGGCUAUUCGAGAUCGCCGGCGUCAAGAGCCAGGAAGCCAGCCAAACCCUCCUGGACUCCGUCUAUAGCCACCUUCCCGAUUUACUGUAGGCACUGGUCACCGCGCACUCUCCGAAUAUCUGCUAGAACUAGCUUGGCACUUGUUAAGACGACCGACGAUGCGCAGGCGGGUUUUGCUGUAGAAUACAUGGCCAGUAUCUCCUUGAGGUGUCCUUGGUUUCUGGAGGGGGACAGCUUGCCAGCGUCGCGCCUCUCCACCUUAACUCUGUCGCUCAGUUAAGUCUCUGCACCCUCUGCCCCCUUCGGAGUCUGUCUUUUUUUUUUUUUUUUCCUUGUUCUCAUUCCAAUCAAAGCAGUCGAUGCACUUUAAAAUGCAGUUAAUGAACUAAAAGACCACGAAGCCGGUGUCGCUUAGGCGUUGAGCCUGGGGUUGCUCUGUAGCCUGGUUCAAUUCUCUCAAAGCUGUUCCUCUGAACGACGUCUCCUGCUACCUCCCUUCCGCCUCGGAGUGGUGAACGGUGAAACACGCAAAGCUGAUUGUUGCUGGUUACCUUCUCUUAAUGCAUCUUAAGCUUCUCCCCCAGCUGACUUUUUUCAUGUACUAUCGUAUAGCUCACGCCCAUCGCUGCGGUUUUACUAGCACGGUUAUUUAUUGUAUGGUUUUCACCUGGACAAUAAUGCAUUGUGCUCCUAUAAGCUAAAGCAGAAGCGGUUGAAUGGAAAGGUUCGGUUCCACCAACUUUACUGAUAAAAAAAAAAAAAACAACAAAAAAAAAACCAGUCCUAAACCAGUCCUUCCAGCCUGCGGUGGAAGGGAAUCCAAGCGAGGAGCAUCCUGCCUGGCCGCUGAAGAGGACAGCAGGUCACGGCGGCGCCGGUGCUGGAGCCGGGGAGGCGAAGGCUGCUGGUUCUGCUCUCCUUGCGGUGUAAGACUUACCGAGCUACGCUUUUACACUUGUGUCUCUUGUUUUUUAUACAGACAUGGCCGAUAAGGGGAGGUUCUCCCGAGAUCCUACCCGGCCUUAAAAUAGUCUCUUCAAAUCACACUUCACUUUUUAUCAAUAAGAAAAAGGGGGGAGGGGAUGGGGGGGGGGAGGAAAAAAAAACAAGCUGCAUCGUUAUAAGAAGUCUGUCUGAUUAUAUUUGCAACUAUUAUGCUCCCGUAAUGAACAGUCUGUAAUAUGCUCAGUUUGAAGAAAUUAUGAUACUAGGGUGGCAUGUGCUGCCUUGUGGGAAGGGGUGGGAGUGGGGGAAGAGGGGAAUGAAUUGAAAAAAUUGCCUUCCAGUGUACUAAUUUAUUAAUAAAUACUAGGUGUUUGUUACUUGA